AUGUUUAAAGACGCGAAGGAAAGUGAAAUUGAGUUGACGCGCGUGAAAGCAAAACGUUCUAUCGUAAGAAGAGCAGUGACAAAUUACGUAAAGAAAAUUGAAGGCAAUCUAAAAGAACAAGACGUUAACUUUGAGGAAAUAUCUGAAAAUUUAGAACUGUUAAAGCAAAAAGAGGCUGAAUUGAAAGAUAUUGACUAUAAGGUUGAAGCGCUAAUUGAAAAUCUUGAAGAAUUAGAUAGCGAGUUAGAAAGUGUUUUUGCGUAUAACGAAAAAGUAAUACUAAUUAAAUUUCGUGCUGAGAAAAAACUAAACGAACAGAAGAAACCAGAAUUAAACGUCUCCAGUUUAAAUAGCGCAGAUAAAACAAAUUACGGAAGUGAAACAAUAAAGCUGCCGAAACUUUCCUUGCCCAAUUUCAGUGGCAAUAUUAUCGACUGGCUAACGUUUAAAGAUCUUUUUAAUGCAACAGUAACAAAAAAUGAAUCUCUAUCUGAUGCUCAAAAGCUUCAAUAUUUAAAAACCUCGUUAAAAGGUGAUGCUGCGAAAAUUGUAAAUUCUAUUCCAAUAUCUGAUAGUAAUUUUAAAAUUGCGUAUAAUUUGUUAGAUGAACGAUACUCAAAUACAAGAGAGCAAACUUUUGCUCACAUUAAACGCUUUUUGGAUCUUCAAAGCAUUCAAAAUGAAUCCGCUUCUGCUUUGUCGACUUUAGUAGAUAAUGUCAAUGAAAUAAUUCGUUCAUUAGAAACGCUGGGUCAAUCGGUCGAUAAAUUUGGGGAUACCUCAAUGUUGUAUUUAAUAUUACAAAAAUUAGAUACUUCCACUAAAUUAUGGUGGGAACGCCAGUCAAAGAAUUAUAAAAUUCCGAAACUUAGGGAUUUAAUAGAGUUUCUAAAAAGUUACGCUAGAACAAUUCAAAACAGUAAGGGUUCAGUCGGUAAAGUUCAAAAGCCCACAAGUUCUAAAGUUAACGCUUUGGUUGCGGUUUCUGUAUGUUCAUAUUGUAAAGAUAAUCAUUACUUAUCAAAAAAAUGUAAAAGUGGUAAUACUUGUUUCAAAUGUGGGAAGAGGCACCACAGUAUGUUACAUCAAGAAAAUGAAAAUAGGUCGAUACCUAGGUUUCCUUCUGUAAGAGCUAAAGAAUUUAUUCCUUGUUCAGUAGAUACGAGUUUAGAUUUAAAUCGCAAAAAUGAAGUUACGUCUAUAGUAUGUGCAAAUAAUUCAUAUGGUAAUCAAUUGGGAACUAGUAUGAAUAAUAGCAAUUCAUCUGUUCUUUUAUGCACUGCUGUAAUUAAGAUUAGAAAUUCUAAAAAUGAGUGGAUAAGUUGUAAAUGUUUGCUGGAUACGGGAUCAGAAAAAAAUUUCAUUAGGAAAGAAUGUGCCAAGCAAUUGGGAUUGAAAAUUAACCCUGCUCAAAUUUCAGUUUCCUGUUUAGGAAGUUAUAAUAUGCUAAGCAAUGGAGCAGUCGAGUUAGUAUUUUCCUCUCAUUUUGACACUGAAUUUAAGAUAGUAACCUCUGCUUACGUCAUUGAUAAAAUUUGUGGGGAAUUGCCCAAUUCAACUACGCCUGUGAAAUGUUUUAAUGAGUAUAAGGAUUUAUUGUUAGCAGAUCCCUCUUAUUUUAAGAAGGAAAGCAUAGACAUUCUAUUUGGGGUAAAUGUAUUUUUUUCGCUUGUAAACGGAGAGGUAAUAAAACGGGGUGAAAAUCUUCCGUUUGCAGUAUGUUCUAGAUUAGGGUGGAUAAUCGCAGGAGCCACAACGCUCAGCUGUUGUGACUUAGAAUCUAGGUCUGUUAAUAGUUUAAGUGUUACUACAGAUGAGCUAGUCAAGUCGUUUUGGGAAUUAGAACAAAUUCCGUUAACACAAUCGCUUACAAGGGAAGAAAGACUUUGUGAAACGCAUUUCUUAGAAAAUUAUACGUGCAAUAAAGAAGGAAGGUAUUCUGUUAGACUUCCGUUUAAACCUAAUAGAAAACUGUUAGGUAACUCCAAGGCCACCGCAUUUAAAAUGUUUCAUAGUCUAGAAAAAAGACUUCUAAAAAUACCUGACAUUUAUUUGCAAUACAAAAAGUUCAUGACAGAGUAUCUCGAUCUUGGGCAUAUGGAAAUCGACAAUACGGUAUGCAAAGAAAAUGCUCAUUAUUGUAUUCCGCACCAUCAUGUAAUUAAUGAGUCUAGUUCCACCACAAAAUUAAGAGUUGUUUUUAAUGCUAGUGCAAAAACUACAUCUGGUGUAUCAUUAAAUGAUACGCUUAUGAAUGGUCCAAAGGUGCAGGACGAUUUUUUCGCUAUUUUAUUGAGGUUUAGAUGUCAUAACAUUGCAAUUACAAGUGAUUUACAAAAAAUGUAUCGCCAGAUAGAGAUUCAUGAUGCAGAUAGAGAUUUUCAAAAAAUUCUGUGGAGGGAUGACUCCACUAAACCAAUUUCGACUUAUAGGUUGUGUACUGUCACGUAUGGUACCGCAUCUGCUAGAUAUAUAGCUACGCGAGUACUUAAACAGCUGGCAAUUGAUGAGGCAGCGAGAUUUCCGAAGGCAGUUGAUCUAAUCAUGCAUAAUUUUUACGUUGAUGACUGCCUGUUUGGCGCUAAAACGCAAGAGGAGGCGAUUGAUCUUAUCCAUGAACUGAAUGAUCUCCUUAGAAGAGGACAAUUUAAAUUGCACAAGUGGUGUACUAACAAUUCGUUUGUGUUGGAAAGACUACGCAAAUCAGAGGGCUUGUCCGCAUGUUCUUCUAGUACCGCUGAUUCUAAAUUUAUUAAAGUAUUGGGAUUGAGAUGGAACCCAACGCUCGACGACUUUACGUAUAACAUUCAUUUUUCGGAUAAGCACAGAGCCUUCCCUACAAAAAGAUCUAUUUUGUCUAGUGUGUCAAGCAUUUUCGACCCCCUUGGGUGGUUGUCGCCAUUUAUUAUAACUGCAAAAAUUUUGAUUCAAGAUUUGUGGAAAUGUCAGUUAUCGUGGGAUGAUCCUGUGCCUCCGGAGCUUAAGGAGCGAUGGAUUAACUAUAGCAACGAUAUUUCUCAACUUGAACCUGUAACUGUGCCUCGAAGAGUUCUUUUGCACGAAGCGUCUAAUAAUGAACUGUAUUGUUUUUGUGAUGGCUCUGAGAAGGCAUACGCUGCAGUUAUUUACUUAAAAUCUUCUGAUACGUCCAGUCAUCAAGUUAGCCUGUUGACAUCGAAGACUCGUGUUUCACCAUUGAAAACAAUAUCGAUUCCGCGCCUUGAACUUUGCUCAGCUGUGUUGUUAGUGCAUUUACUACAAAUCGUUCUUUCGUCAUUACAUAUUCAAAUUGAUGCAAUACACGCCUUCACAGAUUCCACAAUCGUUUUAGCAUGGUUAAGAUCUGAGCCGUCACGUUGGCAAAUAUUUGUUGCUAACCGGGUUUCUGAAAUACAAGGGAUCCUUCCUAUUCAACACUGGCGCUGGAUUCCUUCAGACCAAAAUCCAGCAGACUGUGCAAGUAGAGGACUUUUACCCUCUGAACUGCUUAAGUUUGAAUUAUGGUGGUCUGGUCCUCAUUGGCUUAGACACGAGGAAAUUCCACAUGUAGAAGUACCAUUGUCAACGGACGCUCUAAAAGAAGAGCGAAAAAAGGCUUCGUGUUUAUAUGGAACAUUGUCUGUUGAUUUUCCAAUAAUUGUUAAAGUUUCAUCAUAUGUUAAAUUACGCCACAUGAUAGCAUGGUGCCUACGUUUCAUUAAAAAUGUUCGAUAUCCCAAAAAUCGAAACAUUGGCUAUCUGACUAGUGAUGAAAUGAAAGCCGCUAGAAAUAUUUUGGUGAAGAUAGUUCAAAAGCAAGAGUUUUCCACUGAGUAUCUUCAUUUGGAGAAUAAAAAACCACUUCCUGCCAAUAGUAAAUUACUUUCCUUAAAGCCAUUUAUAAAUGAAGAUGGUGUAAUACGUGUUGGUGGUAGACUGGAAAAUGCUCCUUUUUCAAAUGAAAGAAGACAUCCCAUUCUCCUGCCAAAGAAUCACCACUUAACUACCAUUAUCAUUCGCUCCUAUCAUGAAACAUAUUUACAUGCGGGUACUAUUCUUUUGUUAUCUGUUAUACGUAAGGAGUUUUGGACAAUUAACGCUAAGUCGGCCAUUAAAAAGGAAAUUUGGAAAUGCAUUAAGUGUUUCAAACUCAAGGGAAAAACAGCAACUCAGGUGAUGGCUGAUUUGCCGCGUGCUAGAGUAAUGCCAUCACGAGUGUUUUCAAAAACCGGUCUAGACUUUGCAGGACCCUUUCUAGUAAAACCGCGAUCUGGUCGCGGGGUUAGAACCUUAAAAGUUUACAUUUGUAUUUUUGUGUGUUUAGCCGUAAAGGCUGUGCACAUUGAAAUUGUUGGCAAAUUAUCUGCAGACUGUUUUAUAGCUGCACUAAAACGAUUUGUGGCGAGACGAGGAAAACCAAGUGAGAAGGAAGAACCCGUUCAUAAUUAUUUCGCCAACGAGGGAAUUAAAUGGAACUUUAAUCCACCUUCCGCCCCUCAUUUUGGAGGAAUUUGGGAGGCAGCUGUCAAAUCCGCUAAAUCUCACCUAAAACGUACAAUAGCAGACCAAAAAUUGACUUUGGAAGAAUUUUCAACGCUACGACACAAAUUGAAUCUUGUUUAA